ACUUUGAAUGACCGAGCUCGCGUCCACCUUUCUCUUCAUGUCGACGUCCCUGGAAACAGUCACACGGAUGCCAUGGUUACUUCUGCCGCGAUCUUACAGGUGAACAAGGUGAUGUCCAUCUUGUUUUAUGUGAUAUUUCUCACUUAUCUCCGUGGCACUCAAGGGAACAGCAUGGAUCAGAGGAGUUUGCCAGAAGACUCGCUCAAUUCCCUGAUUAUUAAGCUGAUCCAGGCAGAUAUUUUGAAAAACAAGCUCUCCAAGCAGGUGGUGGACGUUCCGGAAGACCACCAGAGCACCAUGCCGAAAGCGGAGGCGCCGCGGGAGCCGGGCCGGGGCGGGCCCCCCAGCUCGGACGUGCAGCCCGUGAUGGCCAUGGGCGCGGACUUGCUGCGGCAGCAGAGCCGCUACAGCUCCCCCCGGGUCCUGCUCAGCGGCAGCACCCCCCUGGAGCCCCCUCCCCUGUAUCUCAUGGAGGAUUACGUGGGCAGCCCCGCGGUGGCGAACAGAACGUCACGGCGGAAAAGGUACGCGGAGCACAAGAGUCACCGAGGGGAGUACUCGGUGUGUGACAGUGAGAGCUUGUGGGUGACGGACAAGUCGUCGGCCAUCGACAUUCGGGGACACCAGGUCACGGUGCUGGGGGAGAUCAAAACCGGCAACUCCCCGGUCAAACAAUACUUUUACGAGACGAGAUGUAAAGAAGCCAGGCCCGUCAAAAAUGGUUGCCGAGGGAUCGAUGAUAAACAUUGGAACUCUCAGUGCAAAACGUCCCAAACCUACGUCCGAGCACUGACCUCAGAAAACAACAAACUCGUGGGCUGGAGAUGGAUACGGAUAGACACCUCCUGCGUGUGUGCCUUGUCGAGAAAAAUCGGAAGAACAUGAAUUGGCGUCUCUCCCCGUAUAUAAAUUAUUACUUUAAAUUAUAUGAUAUGCAUGUAGCAUAUAAAUGUUUAUAUUGUUUUUAUAUAUUAUAAGUUGACCUUUAUUUAUUAAACUUCAGCAACCCUACACUAUAUAAGCUUUUUUCUCAAUAAAAUCAGUGUGCUUGCUU